UGUCAAUAUAAAAUUAGAUGAGCGUAUGUCGUGUGAUCCAAUCGGCCUGUCUUGCCUUUGCGCUAAUUUCUAAUAUGCAUAGAUACCUUUGAAAUCAAUCGUGAACGUGCAAUCGAUUAUCUCAAUACUCGAGAUAAUGUUUACGUCUUCGACGGGUUUGCUGGUGUAAGUUUCGAUGUUUCCUCUGCACCUGCGCACAACGCCCCUAACAUCGUCUUAGUGGGAUCCUAAGUACAGGAUCAAAGUCCGGGUCAUUUGUGCCAGGGCCUAUCAUGCUCUCUUCAUGAACAACAUGCUCAUCCGACCAACGGAAGAGGAACUUGCCAACUUCGGCGAGCCUGACUUCACAAUAUACAAUGCUGGCCAGUUCCCUGCCAAUCGUUUCACGAACGGCAUGUCCUCGACAACAUCCGUGGAGAUCAACUUCAAACGAAUGGAAAUGGUCAUUCUUGGAACAGAAUAUGCUGGAGAAAUGAAGAAGGGUGUCUUCAGUGUCAUGCAUUACCUUCAACCCGUUAAAUUUGGUCAACUGUCUCUCCACUCUUCUGCCAAUGUCGGCAUCAAGGACAAUGAUGUAACCCUCUUCUUUGGUCUCUCUGGAACUGGAAAAACUACUCUCUCCGCCGACCCCAACCGGUUAUUGAUUGGUGACGACGAGCACGUCUGGUCCGAUUCAGGUGUCUUCAACAUCGAAGGAGGUUGUUACGCGAAGUGCAUCAACCUCUCGGCAGAGAAGGAACCUGAAAUCUUCAACGCCAUCCGGUUCGGUUCCAUACUUGAAAAUGUUGUCUACAAUCCUCUAAGCCGCACCCCCGAUUACGACGAUAUAUCGAUUACGGAAAACACUCGUUGCGCAUAUCCUAUCGACUUUAUUCCGAAUGCCAGAAUUCCUUGCGUAGUCGACCGGCAACCCAGCAAUAUUAUUAUGUUGACUUGCGACGCAUUCGGAGUUUUGCCACCUGUAUCAAAGCUUACGCCCGAGCAGGCCAGCUAUCAUUUCUUGGCUGGUUAUACAUCGAAAACCCCUGGAACUGAAGAUGGUGUACUAGAACCGAUCCCUACUUUCUCCACUUGCUACAGUGCCCCAUUCAUCGUCCUUCAUCCGUCUCGCUAUGCAACUAUGCUCGCAGAACGAAUGUCCAAGAACAACGUCGACUGCUGGCUCAUCAACACCGGUUGGACUGGUGGAAAAUAUGGCGUUGGCAAGCGUUGCCCACUCAAGUACACUCGCAAGAUCAUCGAUUCCAUUCAUGAUGGUUCUCUCGCCAAAACUCUUGCAGACGGCAAGCAUGAAAGUUUCGGCACCUUCAACCUCACUAUCCCCACCGAGAUCGAAGGUGUUCCUCGAGAAUUGUUAAACCCGGAGGUUGCUUGGACAGACAAGGAUGCGUAUAACCGAGAGGUCAAGAAGCUUGCCGGCAUGUUUGUAAAGGCGUUCAAGUUGUACGAAACCGAUGUCGAUAGGAAGGUGUUGAAGGCUGGUCCCGCUGUUUAAGGACUUAGAUGCAUACACGUGAUAUCAUUAGUUUAUUGACUCUUCAUGCGAAUGGCUGUAGUUAUAUAACAAACCUUUACAGCUAAUGUAAAAAUCAGGUUUACAGUAAAAACCACAGUCAAUUGAAGGCACCGAGCGGGACAGUCUCCCGCAGUUAUUACAUAAUUCGUGUGAGGUCAUUACAGCUUAAAAGACCUUAGACGGGGUUGUUUUGAAUC